CAUGCGCAGUAUACGCCGUGAACUAUAAUACGACGUGAUUGCCACCAUAUAAAGUAGCUAAUCCAACUAAACUUUAUUUUAAAUGGUGUAAUAAGAAGUGUAGGAGAAACGGAGGCUAAUGCCUGUAGUAUUGUGACGAUGUAUUUUAACUUGUGAAUGGUGUAUGUGUAGAUAAAAUACGAAACGUUUAGUUUUUGCGAGAUAAAUUAGACAAACUAAGUAGCAUAGCUAGCUAGCCACCUAGCUAAUGUCAGUGUAAAGCACGUUGACAGAUGCUGGUUAUGGAGGCUGUAAUCUGACAGUAGCUGACUAUCAUAGCUGUCCACUGGUUGCAACAUGGGACGAAAGAAACAGGGAAAGUUUGUGCGCCCCUCUGACAACAAGGGUAAAGAAAAAAGGCAUAAAAUGAAGGGGAAAUCCUUAGAGGCCUUUACAGAAGACAUGCACACUGCUUUUGAAGCAAGUCUUCACCUAGAGAAGGGAGCAGAGGCCCCUCUGGUGAAACUGCCUUGUCCACUUGCCAUGUGGGAGUUGGGUCACUGUGAUCCCAAACGUUGUACUGGUAGAAAGUUGGCACGCAAGGGCUUCGUACGCAACCUGCGCCUCAAUCAGAGAUUUAAUGGACUCAUACUGAGUCCUAUGGGCACAAAGUAUGUGACCCCAGCAGACAGAGAGAUUGUGGCUCGAAGUGGGUUAGCAGUGAUCGAUUGUUCGUGGGCUAAACUGGAGGAGACUCCCUUCAAUAAGAUGGUUGGAACAUAUCCCAGGUUACUGCCAUACCUCGUAGCUGCAAACCCCGUCAACUACGGCAAGCCUUGCAAGUUAUCCUGUGUCGAGGCUUUUGCUGCCACAUUCUGCAUUGUUGGUUUUGAAGAACUAGCAUUGCUCUUGUUGAGAAAAUUCAAGUGGGGGCCAGUGUUCCUCGAUCUCAAUAAAGUUCUGCUGGACCGCUAUGCUGCAUGCCAGUCAGAGGAAGAGCUGCUUUCAGUCGAAAAGGACUAUCUCACAACUAAACCAGAGGAGGAGGAGUUUGAUCCAUUUGAUGUUAAUUCAGGAGUAGAAUGUGGGAAUCUCAACAGACGUGUCUGUGCACCUGAAGAAGAAGAAGAAGAUGAUGAUGAUGAUUCUAGUGACGAUACGGACACCUCAGAGGAUAACGAAAAUGAAGCAGAGGAUAACGAAGAUGAAGCAGAGAAUAACGAAGAUGAAGCAGAGGAUAACGAAGAUGAAGCAGAGGAUGAAGCAGAGGAUGACGAAACGGAAGGCAACAAUGAGCCAAAAGCAGUGUCUCAUCAUCAUGACGAGGAAGAAACUGUUUCCAAGUCAUCACUAUAAAGCAUAUUUCAACUAUGGAUUUUUAAUGUUACUACAAGGACUGGCAAAAACCUUUUUCAACAAUGAUGACUCAUACAUAAUCUGAAGGCUAUUUUGGGCUAUCCAGUUUUGUACAAGUAUCAAAUAAAAAGAAAUGUAUAAAAUAAA